UUCAACAGUUUGACGCACAAAGUGAAGAGCUAUCCCCCUCUUCCUCCCCCUCUUCCUCCCCUGCAGGGAUGAAACAAUCUGCAGCGCAUGAAUAGAAAUUAAUUUUUCCCGUGAUGAAUAGACAAAGCAUCUCGCCUCUCUGCGCCCGCGGGACGGCAGAUAAAAGGUGUUUACUGUGAGCGUCUUUUUCAUGACAACAGCGAGCCGAGGGACGUCCUCUCCUCUCGUUCUCCGUGUCAUUGUAUCGCCUGCAAUGCAGAACGUUAAGAAACAGGGAGGUGUUUUUUUAGUCUUCAGAAUGAUCGAGCAGACGAGACAACAGGAAGUGAACUCAGCGUGACUCUCAGCGGGGGGGGCAGGGGUUUAUCAGGAGUGACACUUUUUUAAACAGAGACGGAUGUAUUUGUUAAAGACGUUUGAUUGACAAAGCCAUUAAAUGAACUUCAUGAAGCACAUUUAGGAUUAUUAAACACUAAGAAAAGUGACUUUAAUAAGGAUGCAUCCACUUAAGGAAGACAGUCAUUCCUAACAACGAGCACAACCCGUUUAAAUCUCAAAUGAUCUUCAUCAUGAACGCCUUUCUUGGAAUAUUAUCUUGAAGGAUGUAUGAUGACUUCUCCUGCGUAAAGGAUCUUUCUCAGCAGGGAUUACAAAUUUCAAAAACACUGAAUUUUUGCACAAAAGUUGCCUGAAAUAUAAGAAGGAGAAGACACGCCUGAGGACGUCACAUUUGGAGGUCAAAGGGCGAGCUGGAUUAUCGAUACGGGGUGUCAGUCAUAUCCUGAGGGACCUGCGGAGACAGAGGACGAGUGUGUGACGCCACCAUGGGCUGCAACAUGUGUGUGGUCAAACGUCCGGAGGAGCAGUACAGGAUCAUGUUCCAGCAGAAAGGCUGGAACGACUCCCUGCGGCCGAUGGACAGACAUGGAAACGUGAAGGUCAGAGGACGGAGAGCCUCUCAGCUCCCGCUAGAAAGACCACAAAACUCCCAGGAGCCUUUGCAACAACCGGGGUCGAUCCGCAAGAAUCACAAGCGGAAAGGUACGUUGGUGUGCAGCAGUAAUGGGACCGGCAGCAGCUCCAUCUACUCGGUUGCCAUGGUGUCGAUCCCGGACUGCGUGGAUAACGCCACGCAGACGGACAUCAGCUUCCAGAACAUCGCUCCGCCGGGGAGGAGCAGAGGUCACCACCACCAUCCCCACGGGCGGGGGGGAGGUGGCUCCUCUUCCCCUCCUCCACCUCCCCCCUCUCCCCCAGCGCCUCACCUCGAAGCACCGUAUGGCAUCAACGAGUUCUGUGUGUUCGAGUACAACGACCCCGACGACUACUUCGACGUCUCCAACCACGAGGUGGACCGACAGGACGACCUGGAGUACGAGGAGGUGGAGCUGUACAAAUCCAGUCAGCAGGAGAAGCUCGGGCUGACCGUCUGCUACAGGACGGACGACGAAGAGGAUCUCGGGAUUUACGUUGGAGAGGUGAAUCCGAACAGCAUAGCAGCAAAGAACGGACGCAUCAGAGAGGGGGACCGAAUCCUACAGAUUAACGGAGUGGAUAUUCAGAACAGGGAGGAGGCGGUGGCCAUUUUGACCCGAGAGGACAGCAUCAACUUCUCUCUGCUGCUGGCCAGGCCGGAUAUAGAGAAUGAUAACCCCGCUGGGCUAGAGGAGGAAAUGGACCUGACUCUGGAGGGGGGAGGCUUCCACCAAAACCCAAGAACCUCCUCCGUCACCUCCCCCCUCCCCUCUGGAUAUUACCGCCUCUGCCGGACUGGAGGAGGAGGAGGAGAAAGUGUAGCUGGUGAUGUGGCCGUGGAGGAGGAAGAGGAUGUUGAUGAAGAGGAAGGAGAGAGGGGGGAGAACAGAGAGCCUCCUGUCCCCCUCCCUCCCCUGUUGAGCCUGGCCCCUCUGCUGACCCACAGCCAGGAGCUGGACAGCGGGGUCGGCCGCACCGACGACAGCACCCGCUACGAGUCAGAACACGACCUGCUGGGGGAUCAGACCAGCGCCCCCAACACCAACACCACCAACACCCCCGGCAGCACCCGCAAGUUCAGACCCGGACCCAGCCCCAGGCCAAGUCCCAGACCCAGCCCCGGCCUUGGGCCCAGCCCCGGGCGAGGAGACACCACGCCUCCCUUCCUCCACCUGAGAGACCUCCAGCUCAGCUCCGACUCCCUCCCCGGCCUGGACUGGACGGCUGGAGGAGGAACAGGAGGAGCAGCGUACGGCUCCCACCACCAUCACCACCACAAGCACCACCACCUCCACCACCUUCAGCCUCCUCUGACGAUGAUGAUGCCGGGCCUGACGGAGGAAGAGUGCCACCGCUACCAAGAGCUGCUGGAGAUCAAGUGCCAGUACGAGAAGCAGAACGAAAAAGAGCAAAGAGACGCCGUGAAAAACAAACGGGAGGACACCGGAGAAGCGGUGAACGACCGGGAAGAGAGAAAAGACGCAGAGGAAGAAGCUGCUUUUUCCUCUUCUUCGGUGGUGGUGGAUGUGAACUGCAACCCGGCUUUAAGCGAGCACGAGAUGGCGCUGAUCGAGGAGGAGUUGCGCCACCUGGAGUUCAAGUGCCGCAACAUCCUGCGAGCGCAGAAGAUGCAGCAGCUCAGAGAGAGGUGUCUGAAGGCCUGGAUGAUGGAGGAGGAGACGGUGGGGCGACCUGCACCCCCGGAAGCAGUUAUGGAUGAAGACAAUGAGGAAGAUAACGACCCUCAUCAUCACGAGCUGUCGGCCAUCAACGAGCUUCCGGAGCGAGAGCGCUCGGACGACAAAGACAGCACGAGCGCCUACAACACAGGUGGGGAGAGCUGCCGCAGCACGCCAUUGGUCAGCACCGAGCAGAUCCCGCCUCUCCAGGAAGAGGAAGACGAGGGAGGAAGACGACUGAUGUCUCCGCCUCUUCUCCUUCCCCUCAGCCGCCUCCCUCCUCUGAACUCACCCCUCACCCCGCGGCGUCACCGGAGGGAGAGAGACAGAGAGCGCCGCCACUCCAACCUCAGCUGCUCCUUCUCCCCCAGCACGUACAGGAAGUACGAAAUAGCCAAUGGCAACGUGGCAAACGGCUCAAGCUCCACGCCCUCCACGCCCUCCAAGUUCAGGUCUCUGACCAGAGAGGCAGGGUCAUCUUCACGAAGAGGCAUGGCUGAUGGAGGGCGGGGCUCCAGAGCAGGUUGCACUACCGGAGGAGGAAGUGCAGAGUCCAGUCCCUAUUUCGCCAGGAGACACCAGAGCCACCACAAACCUCUGGAGCGCUACCAGAGCUGCAUGACCCUCCCCUCCGAGGGCCUUGUGGAGCCUCUGGACGGUGGUAGGGACAGAGCCAGGGUGGAGGCCGAGGAGAGGGGGAUGGGGACGGGCAGCAGCGGCCCCGGCAGCCCCAGGAGUGUGAACAGCGCCCCCUGUGGUUUGGAGGACCGAUACACUCGCGCCUCGCGGUUAGGACUGGCUUUACCGCUCGGGAUGACGCACUCAUCGCCGACUGCCUCCCCACAACGCAUGGAGUGGAAGGUAAAGAUCCGAAGCGACGGCACUCGAUACGUAGCCAAGCGUCCGGUCAGGGAUCGCCUGCUGAAGGCCAGAGCCAUAAAGAUCAGAGAGGAGCGCAGCGGCAUGACCACCGACGACGACGCUGCCAGUGAGAUGAAGCAGGGCCGUUACUGGAGCAAAGAGGAGAGGAAGCAGCAGAUGCUGAGAGCCAGAGAGUACCGACGGCGACGAGAGUUCAUGAUGCAGAGUCGCCUGGAAUACCUCAAGGGAGACAGGGACACUUCAACGACAGACCUUCAUUCCUCGCAGCUCCACGCCCGUCAGGACUCCCCCUGCAACAACAUCCUGUUACUGAGCCAGAAGAAGACCACCAAGAAGAGGAACCGGCGCAUCCUCGACAACUGGAUCACCAUCCAGGAGCUGCUGGCUCAUGGCUCCAGGUCUCCAGACGGGAAGAAAAUAUACAACCCUCUUCUCUCCGUGACCACGGUGUGACCGGAGGAAAGAGAAGAGGGACAAAGAGGGAAGACACUGACGACACUACUAUGAUAUCUAAGCUUGAACUUUAUAUGAGCAGGAAGAUAGAAAGAAAACUUGACAUGGUCGAAUUUAAAGAGAUUUUAAACUGUACAGGAAAGAUCUACUUCAAACUGUGCCAUGAACUGUCUUUGAUACUGACUCCAAGAGCAAUUACAAAUGGGAGAAUUAAAGGGAAGAUGCAAGUUAACAAGAGGAAGCAGUAUUUGGACAAAGUGCAGGAAGGAGAUACCUAAAAUGUCUCUAAAGGACUGAAAUCUCACAGCAAUCCGGAUUAACCCUGAAACCCUGUGCUAGUGUUACUUAAAAGACAUGUCUUAAAGGCUGGAUCUGGAAGGUACUUACACUACAACUGCAUAUAAACUCAAAUGAAAUGGACCUUGAGAGACACUUUUUUGUGCAAACUGAGAUAAAUAUGCGUCAGUGUGACAUUGUGCAAACUUUGGACUUGUUGAAUCUUGCUCAUAAACGUACAGAGAAAGGGAAAAUUAGGAGCAUUGGAGGAAAAUAGUUGGAGUUCCUGCUGGUUUCUGAUUAAUGAGAAGCUCAGCUGAACAUCUGUUUCCGGUUAUAGUUUAGCUAUUACUUACAUUAUACUUUGAGGCAACAACAGGAUUUACUUUCUGUCCGAGGAAAAUUAAAACAAGGUAAGGAAAUGCCGACUUGAUCAGUGUCUUCCCUGUUUCAAUUCUGCAUUAUGAUGAAAGGCUUCCCGGUACACAAUAUGGAGUAAGGACACUGAGAGGCUGAACCCAGUGUGGAGACGGGAUUAAAUCCUUUGAGACAGAACUUUUGAACUUUUCAUAUUUUGUUUCAGUAUAAAAAGGAAACUUCAGAGAAAGUCGGGUGAGUUUUUGACACAAUAGUCAUAACAUUAUAAUGAAAUACUUUAUUUAUGCACACUUGGGGAGAUUCUACUAUUGAUCAACCUUCAGUACUCAACCAUUAUGUGCAUUAAAGGAUCCCGGUCUCCUAAAAAUUAAGUUUCCAAACAACUAAACGCAGGACUGAAACCAAAACUCAGCAAUGACUUAUUUUACAAACAUUAAGUUGACCUUUUAAGCCAAAACUGGAUUUUUAAAAAUUAAACCUGAGUGGUGUUGUUGUCUAAACACAACCUGUUUGUGUCGUUUAAUUGAGAAUGCAGUUUCGUUGUAUAGAAACAUGCUUUUGUAGAAGACAGGGGGGACUUCUCUUUUGCCUUUAUUUUACUCUGGUGUAUCAUUUUGUAAAAUAACUUUCCCAGAAUGCCUUUUAAAAACUCCUGAGGGGAAACGAAGACGCCUAGCUCCGCGGUUUUUUAUCUGCUUCAUGUUUGAUACUUUUUUUUUUACCUUAUUCCAUUAAAUUAAUCAUAUAAAGACAUUUAUAUUUAGUUGCUUACGGGUGUUUCCCCUGCAGCAGGAUAUUCCACAGUGUGGUCGGGGCUUCAUUGUGUUGGACCUGUGUAUAAUAGGACAUUAAUAUUGAAUAAUGAAAUGCAUGAAUUAAGUAUUGAACAUUGUGGGGUAUUGGACAUCAUUCUUGAAUCUAAUGUGGUGUAGUGUAAAACGCCAUGUGCAGAAAGUUUUAGUAGUGAAAGUGCAAAAAAAAGCAGAGUUAAUUAAAUUAAAAUAAAGUGAAAUAAGAUGUUUAUUCACUGGUCUUUCUUUCACUAACAGCCCAUGUGCAGUUGGACUCCUGUAUUUAGUUCCAGAACAUAGUGACAUCAAUUUGUAACAAUCGCCUCUAUUGGGUAGUGCUCCAACACAUUGUGCGUGAUAGGCUAAGGGGCGGGACAGCUCUAAAGGGUUGACCAAUCACAACAAAACUAACCCAUCAGCGCAGACUGGACUCUGGUUUCAGACGGAGGGUGAAAACAGGUGCUGCAGCCCCCUUUGAUAUCAUUUUGGCAGAGGGCAUGAAUGAUAUGUAGUCAUCUCAGUACUGCGGCCAUGUUGUCUGUGACUCGUUAAGCUUCUUAAAGGAUAAGAAAGAGAUGCAGUCAGCAGGCCAAACAGUCAGUGUCAAUAGGCUCGAAGCUGAGAAAACAAAUAGUAGUGUGAGAUGUUUCGGUUUUACUGGAGACCGCAAAGUGAUCGUGAUUAAAACCACUUCCUCUCUAACUGGGAAGUUCUUAACUUAUCUUUAAAGUUCAGCAGGUGGACUUCAAGACGACAUUCAAAUGGAAAAUGAAGACAUUAUUUUGUCCUGCUCCGAAUAUAAAACAAACACCGUCUUGGUUGUGUAUUCAUGUUAAACAAUAAACAUAAAUCUGGAAUAAGAAAGAGGAUCUAUCUGCCAAUCCAAAAUGGAGACAGAUAAAGGAUUCAUGGAUAGUAUCUACAACUGAUGAUGAUGUAGUAAUACAAUUCUAAGAUAAAGGUAAACACAUACUACUU